CAAUGGACCUCUAAUCAAGCAACCUCUCUAUAUUCCAACACUUCAAGGUUCCUUUUGUUCUUCAACGCUCCCAGAUAGACAGAGAGAGUUCUAAUCGAUCGCCGUAGACAGACGAGUUGAGCGAGUCGAAAAAUGGAGCAAAAGUACGAGCAGUUCAAAGGCCAGCCGAGACUCCCCACAUCCGUGGUCCCGAAACGCUACGAAAUCAAGCUCAAGCCGGACCUCGCCAGUUGCACAUUCGCCGGCACCGUCGAAAUCUCAGUCGACGUCGUCGCCGAAACCAAGUUCAUCGUCCUCAACGCGGCGGAUCUCACCGUCAGCCGCGACGGCGUGCGCUUCAGCAGCGGCGCCAAGGUAUUGGAGGUUCAGCUGUUCGAGGCGGAUGAGAUCAUGGUGGUGGAGUUUUCCGAGUAUCUCCCGCUUGGAGUCGGGGUUUUGUGCAUUGCCUUUGAAGGAACCUUAAAUGACAAAAUGAAAGGCUUCUACAGAAGCACUUAUGAGCAUAAUGCGGUGAAGAAGAACAUGGCAGUGACGCAGUUUGAACCAGCUGAUGCUAGGAGGUGCUUUCCUUGCUGGGAUGAACCUGCUUGUAAGGCUACAUUCAAGAUCACAUUGGAAGUGCCAACUGAGCUUGUAGCUCUUUCCAAUAUGCCAAUUGUUGAAGAAAAAAGGGAUGGCGUUAUUAAGACUGUUCACUAUGAGGAAUCACCUAUCAUGUCUACGUAUUUGGUGGCAGUUGUCAUUGGUUUGUUCGAUUAUGUGGAAGAUCAUACAUCUGAUGGGAUCAAAGUUCGGGUUUACUGCCAAGUUGGUAAGGAAAAUCAAGGGAAAUUCGCUUUAGAUGUUGCUGUCAAGACACUUGACUUUUACAAAAAGUACUUUGCUGAGCCAUAUUCACUACCCAAAUUAGAUAUGGUUGCAAUCCCUGAUUUUGCUGCUGGAGCCAUGGAAAAUUAUGGUCUAGUUACAUAUCGUGAAACGGCUUUGCUAUAUGAUGACAAACACUCGGCAGCUUCGAACAAGCAAAGGGUUGCUACUGUUGUGGCUCAUGAACUUGCACACCAAUGGUUUGGCAACCUGGUGACAAUGGAAUGGUGGACUCAUCUUUGGCUGAAUGAGGGCUUUGCAACAUGGGUGAGCUAUUUGGCAACUGAUAGCUUGUUUCCAGAAUGGAAAAUUUGGACACAGUUUCUUGACGAAAUUACUGAGGGUCUUCGGUUGGAUGGGCUUGCCGAAUCGCAUCCCAUUGAGGUGGAGAUUAAUCAUGCUUGCGAGAUUGAUGAAAUAUUUGAUGCUAUUAGCUAUAGGAAAGGUGCAUCUCUUAUCCGCAUGCUGCAAAGCUAUCUUGGUCCGGAAUGCUUUCAGAGGGCACUUGCUUCGUACAUAAAGCAAUAUUCCUGUUCAAAUGCAAAGACAGAAGAUUUGUGGGCUGUCCUUGAGGAGGAAUCUGGUGAACCUGUGAACCAGCUGAUGAAUUCAUGGACAAAGCAAAAAGGUUACCCUGUUGUCACUGUCAAAGUCAAUGAUGAAAACUUGGAGUUUGAGCAGUCACAAUUCUUGUUGAGUGGUUGUCAUGGUGAUGGGCAGUGGAUUGUGCCAAUGACGUUAUGUUGUGGCUCAUAUGAUGUUCGCAAGAAUUUUCUAUUGCAAGGAACAUAUGAAAGUCUAGAUACUAAGGACUUCCUUGUUUGCUCAAUUUCCAAAGGCAGGCUUGCAGAGACAGGAACUUGGGUAAAACUGAAUGUCGACCAGACGGGUUUCUAUAGGGUGAAAUACGAUGAUGAACUUGCGAGCAGACUUAGAUACGCAAUAGAGACCAAAUGUUUGUCUGCGACAGAUAGAUUUGGAAUUUUGGAUGAUUCAUAUGCCUUGUGUAUGGCUUGCCAGUUGCCUUUGGCCUCCUUACUUACUUUGAUGGGUGCCUACAAAGGGGAACUUGAAUACACUGUUCUGUCGAACUUGAUUAGUAUAAGUAACAAAAUUGCAAGAAUUGCAGCUGAUGCAGCUCCUGAACUGCUGGAUGACGUCAAACUAUUCUUUAUUAACUUAUUCCAGUAUCCUGCAGAAAAACUUGGAUGGGAUCCUAAGCAAGGUGAGAGCCACUUAGAUGCCAUGUUGAGGGGUGAGAUCUUGACAGCCCUGGCCCAGUUUGGACAUGAUGUUACACAACAUGAAGCAAGGAGGCGUUUUGAUGCAUUCUUGAAUGACAGACAUACACCCCUUCUCCCUCCUGACACAAGAAGGGCAGCAUAUGUGGCUGUGAUGCAAAAUGUCAGCACAUUAAAUCGAUCAGGUUAUGAAUCGCUUUUAAAGAUCUAUAGAGAAACUGACCAGAGUCAGGAGAAAACUCGAAUUCUCGGUUCUUUAGCAUCCUGUCCAGAUCCAGAUGUUGUGCUUGAAGUUCUCAACUUUUUGUUGUCCUCUGAGGUUCGCAGCCAAGAUGCUGUCUUUGGAAUUCAUGUUGGUAUAGAAGGGCGUGAAACAGCUUGGAGGUGGUUAAAGGAAAAUUGGGAUCAUAUCUCAAAAACUUGGGGUUCUGGAUUUCUGAUCACCCGCUUUGUCAGCGUCAUCGUGUCACCGUUUUCUUCUUAUGAGAAAGCAAAAGAAGUGGAGGAGUUUUUUGCAAGCCGUAGUAAGCCUUCAAUCACAAGGACCCUGAAGCAGAGCCUUGAGCGGGUUCACAUUAAUGCCAAGUGGGUUCAGAGCAUUCAGACUGAGAAACAUCUAGCAGAAGCUGUGCAAGAGUUGGCAUGCAGGAAAUAGUAGGAAACACUUAUGUUCGGCUGCCUCACUUUGAUAUCAAAAGAGCCUUUUCAGAUUGGAUUUCCGCUAUUGGUAACCAAAACUUUCAAAAUAAGAGCAACGUAGUAAAUUAGUAAUAAUUGACCCUGAGCAAACAAAGCACUUUGUUCUGUACACUUUGGAUGAGAUCAAGGAUUUCAUUUUACAUGUGACUUCUUUCA